AUGGACGACCCCGAGCGCAUCGCGCGCGACGCAGCCGCCUGCCAGCAGGAGAUCAACGGCACCGCGCCCCCCGCGCCCCUCUACUGCGAGGGCACCUUCGACUCCUGGCUGUGCUGGCCGCCCACUCCUGCCAACACCACCGCUUAUCGCGCCUGCCCCGACUUUGUGCCCGGCUUCAGUCCAGACCUGUUGGCACACAAGGAAUGCACUGCGAACGGCACGUGGUGGCAGCAUCCGCAGACUGGCCGGCCCUGGUCCAACUACACCACCUGCGUCAAGCCGGAGGAUGAUGUCAGCGACAUCAUCGCUGUGUACGAAGCGGGAUACAGCGUGUCACUGGUGGCGCUGCUGCUGUCGCUGGCCAUCUUGCUGUACUUCAAGUCGCUGCGGUGCGCGCGCAUCACGGUGCACAUGAACCUGUUCGCAUCGUUCGCGGCCAACAACGCGCUGUGGCUGGCGUGGUACGGGCUGGUGGUGCGCUCGCCCGCCACGCUCACGGCGUCGCCCGUCUGGUGCCGCGUGCUCAACGCCGCGCUGCAGUACGCGCUGCUCACCAACUACACGUGGAUGCUGUGCGAGGGCCUGUACCUGCACACGGUGCUGGUGAGCGCCUUCGUGUCGGAGCGCCGCCUGCUGCGCGCGCUGCUGGCGUUGGGCUGGCUGCUGCCGCUGACGUCGGCGGCGGUGUACGCGGGGCGCCGCGCGGCCGGCCACGAGCCGCUGUGCUGGAUGGACGAGGGCACGCCGCGCCUCGAGCUGGCCGUGCUGGCGUGCGGGGCCGUGCUGCUCAACGUGGCCUUCCUAUGCAACAUCGUGCGCGUGCUGUGUACCAAGCUGCGCGCCGGCGGCAGUGUAGGCGGUGCCGGGGGUCCCGCUCGGCCCUCCGCCACUGCGCUGCACGCUCUGCGCGCGACCUGCCUGCUGGCGCCGCUGCUAGGCCUGCAGUAUCUGCUCAUGCCGUUCCGACCGGACCACACGGCGCGCUGGUGGCUGGCCUACGAGUACGUGUCCGCGCUGACGACGUCGCUGCAGGGGCUGUGCGUAGCCGUGCUCUACUGCUUCUGCAACGGAGAGGUGCUGGCGCAGCUGCGGCGGCGGUGGCGCGUGCUGACGUUCCGGCCGCGCGCCAACUCGGCCACGGCCACGACGGUGUCGGUGAGUAUGUGCGGCGCGGCCGGCCGCCGGCCCCCGCUGGCCCCGCGCGCCUCACCCCCGCGCGUGUUGCAGUUCGUGCGCUCGAGCGCGCCCGGCGCCGGCGAGGACAAGGUGUGA